AUGGUCUUACCUCACGAACCCGAAUUCCAACAAGCUUACAACGAAUUGUUGUCUGCCCUCGAAGACUCUACUCUUUUCACCGAGAAGCCUGAAUACAAGAAGGUGAUUCCAGUGGUUUCUGUGCCAGAGAGAAUCAUCCAGUUCAGAGUCGCCUGGGAGAACGACCAGGGUGGUAUUGAGGUCAACAACGGUUUCCGUGUCCAGUUCAACUCUGCUUUGGGUCCAUACAAGGGAGGUUUGAGAUUUCACCCAACCGUCAACUUGUCUAUCUUGAAGUUCUUGGGUUACGAGCAGAUCUUCAAGAACGCCUUGACUGGUUUGACCAUGGGUGGUGGUAAAGGUGGUUCUGACUUCAACCCAAAGGGCAGAACUGACUCCGAGAUUAGAAGAUUCUGUGUCGCUUUCAUGAGACAGUUGGCCAGAUACAUUGGUGCUGACACUGAUGUUCCUGCUGGUGACAUUGGUGUGGGUGGCCGUGAGAUCGGUUUCCUCUUUGGUGCCUACAAGGCCAUGCAGAACAACUUCACCGGUGUUUUGACCGGUAAGGGCUUGACCUGGGGUGGUUCUUUGAUCAGACCUGAGGCCACUGGUUACGGUCUUGUCUACUACGUCGAGAAGAUGAUUGAGAAGGCUUCUGACGGUAAGCACACCUUCAGAGGCAAGAGAGUUGCUAUUUCUGGUUCUGGUAAUGUUGCCCAGUACGCUGCAUUGAAGGUCAUCGAGUUGGGCGGAACUGUUGUUUCCUUGUCUGACUCCAAGGGUUCUAUCAUCGCUCAGAAGGGUAUUACUCCAGCCCAGAUUGAGGCUAUUGGUGAGGCCAAGAUCAAGUUCCAGUCUUUGGAGCAGAUCAUUGGCGAGUACUCCGCUUUCUCUCAGGCUGAUGUUGAAUACAUCUCUGGUGUUCGUCCAUGGACUCACGUUGGCCAGGUUGAUGUCGCUCUUCCAUCUGCUACCCAGAACGAGGUUUCCGGUGAGGAGGCCAAGGCACUUGUGGACGCUGGCUGUUCUUUCAUUGCUGAGGGAUCCAACAUGGGUUCUACUAAGGAGGCCAUUGACGUUUUCGAGGCCAACAGAGCCAAGGGUGUUUGGUACGCUCCAGGUAAGGCUGCCAACUGUGGUGGUGUUGCUGUUUCCGGUUUGGAGAUGGCCCAGAACUCCCAGAGAGUCCUGUGGACCACUGAGGAGGUUGACGCCAAGUUGAAGGACAUCAUGUACACCUGUUUCGACACCUGUUACGAGACUGCUGUGAAGUACUCCGUUGAGAAGGACUUCUCCUUGCCAUCUUUGUUGAAGGGUGCCAACAUUGCCGGUUUCAUCAAGGUUGCCGAUGCCAUGUUCGCCCAGGGUGAUGUCUUCUAA